GUCUUCAUAUAAAUGCUGGCAGUAUUUGUACUCACGGUACUGCAGAUUCGAUCUUGUUCAAAUCUACGCGCGAGAUUUAGCAACCAUCAUCAUGCAGCGCAUAUUAUUGAUGUUCAGUUUAUUUGGCUGUGCUCUUGGACAGUAUGGUGCAUUUCGUGGUUUUCCAAUACAAAAUGCUUAUCGAUCAACACCUAGACCAACUUAUCAACAACCAACAAUACAACCGCAGUAUACACCCCAGUAUAAUCCUGGAAGAUUUAUAGCUAUACGUAAUCAACAAAAAGAUACAUAUCCAGAUGGAACUUAUACAUUUAGCUAUGAUACCGAAAACGGAAUUUCAGUUGCCGAAAGCGGAAGACCUCAAGGGGCUCCACCAACACAAACCGAGAUUGUUCAAGGAAGAUAUUCAUAUACCGCACCGGAUGGUACUCCUAUUACUUUGGAAUAUACAGCAGAUGAAAAUGGUUUCCAUCCUCAAGGUGCACAUUUACCAACUCCUCCUCCUAUUCCAGAAGCAAUUAGACGAGCACUUGCAGCUAAUCCUGGACCUGAUGAUUCAGACUAUAGACAACCAUAUAAUCCAAAUCUUUACCGAAGAUAUUAAAUAAAAUAUUAACUAACUAAAUGAUUUUAAGAAUUUUUCAAGCUUGCAUUUAAUCUAUAUUGCCGUAUAAUCCGACCAAAUAUGUACAUAUGUAUAUCAUACAUAAUAGAAAUCAAGAUUCAACAUAAUAUAACAGUCAUUAUAUAAUAGA